GAGCGGAGGUGAGCAGAUUUGGUCACGCUUGAAGAAGUUAGCAUGCUUCAAGAAAUAACUGAUUUACUUUCAUCACGAUGGCUGCAACAGCACUCAAAUUAAACAGAGCUGGAACGAUGCUUACCUGUCCACACCUGUUCAUCAAACGAUUUCUUACUCCAAUAUCUCUACUCCGGUCUCUUAAAGCUGGUCCCCAAUACAAACUAUUGCCAUUUAAUUUUCGAUUCUAUUCAACAAGUCAAUGUUUACUCCAUUCCUCUCCACCUGGUUACAUUGACACACACGAAGAAAGCUUUCGGCAAGCCCUGCAAGAUCCAACCACAUUCUGGGCUAAAGCGGCCGAAGAUUUAAUCUGGCAUAAAAAAUGGCACCAGGUCCUCGAUAACUCGAACCCACCCUGGACUCAAUGGUUUGUAGGUGGAGAAUUUAACACAACUUACAAUGCCCUUGAUCGUCAUGUGGAAAAUGGUCUUGGAGAAAGGGUGGCCUUGGUUCACGACAGUCCAGUCACUGGUCAAAUUCAAAAGAUCACUUAUUCUCAGCUUUUGGAUGAGGUGAAACAUUUUGCUGGAGUUCUAAGAAAACAUGGUGUUGAGAAAGGAGAUCGUGUCCUGAUCUACAUGCCAGCCAUUCCUCAGGCUAUUGUAACUAUGUUGGCAGCAGCCAGAAUUGGAGCCAUUCAUGCUGUAGUGUUUGGAGGAUUUGGUGCCAAAGAACUUGCCAACAGAAUUGCACAUGCAAAACCCAAAGUCAUUGUCAGCUCAAACUGUGGCAUUGAACCAACCAGGAUUGUUGAAUAUAAACCAAUUUUAGAUGAAGCAUUGGAACUAAUCAGCCACAAACCGAAAAAAUGUAUCAUUUUCAACAGACCCCAGGUGAGCUUUCUCUUGUUUAAGAAAGGCCUUGAUGUAUGUUACAUGGAAGAACUUUCUUCUGCCUCACCAACAGAUUGUGUACCAGUGCCAGCAAUGGAUCCCCUGUACAUUCUACAUACAUCUGGAACCACUGGAUUACCUAAGGCCAUUGUACGUCCAAAUGCCGGCCAUGCUGUAGCACUGAAGUGGGCCAUUCAAAAUGUUUAUGGUAUCAAACCAGGGGAGGUCUGGUGGGCAGCCUCUGAUCUUGGUUGGGUGGUUGGUCACUCUUUCAUAGCUUAUGGUCCUUUACUUAAUGCAAACACAUCUAUUUUAUUCGAGGGCAAACCAGUUGGCACUCCUGAUGCCAGUGCCUAUUUCCGAGUACUGAAAGACCAUGAAGUGGCUGGCAUGUUUGUUGCACCAACAGCUUUGCGUGCAAUUAUAAAAGAGGACAACAAAGGAAAACACGCUGAGAAAUAUUUCCCAUUUUCCAAGCUGAAGGCUAUGUAUGUGGCUGGGGAGCAUUGUGAUAAAACAACAAUGCAAUGGACCAAGAGUAUUGUACAGAAACCAGUUUUGGACAAUUGGUGGCAAACAGAAACAUCUUGGCCAGCAUUAGCUUCUUGUUAUGGUCUUGGAAUGAAUAUGGAGCCAUCCAUUGGGGUAUCUGGAAAACCUGUUCCUGGUUGGAAUGUCAAAAUAAUGGCCCCAAAAUCUUUACAAGAAACUAAAAUCGGUGAUCUGGGCCAAAUUGUUAUCAAGCUUCCUCUUCCCCCUGGGGCAUUUAUUUCUCUUUGGGAAAACAAUGAAGGAUAUAAGAAGAUCUAUUUCACAAAGUAUCCGGGUUACUAUGACACAAUGGAUUCUGGGGUGCAUGACGGGGAUGGAUACGUCUCUGUCUUGACAAGAACUGAUGAUGUCAUCAAUGUGGCAGGGCAUCGACUCUCAACAGGUGCUUUGGAAGAGGCAAUUAUGCAAAAUAGUGCUGUGGCUGAUGCGGUUGUUAUUGGUGUCCCUGAUGACCUGAAAGGUCAAGUGCCCUUAGGAUUGUGUGUCCUGAAAUCAGGUUUGACCAAGAAUACAAAUGAAAUUAUAGAAGACGUUAUACAAAUUGUGCGAGAGAGUAUCGGUCCAGUUGCUUAUUUUAAACAAGCGGUUAUAGUGCCAGCAUUACCGAAAACCAGAUCAGGAAAAACUGCUCGCAACACAAUCGCAGCUUUGGCAGCUGGAAAGGAAUUUAAGAUUCCACCCACAAUUGAAGAUCCAAAUGUGUACAAUGCCAUCAGGGAAGCUCUGCAGUCGAUUGGAUUUGCAAAAACAGUUAAUGUCGCUGGACAUUAAAGCCUUGAAUUAACGGAAAUAAUUCGAUAUUAAAUUUAUUUUUAUAUCAUUGAUUGGACAGAAGCCAUGUAAUAUACACGAUGAUAUAUAUUAUGAUAAUAUGUUUUACAUCUAAAAUAAUAUUCGGAUUCCUUAUAGUCAGAGAAAGAAUGUGUGUGUGUGUGUGUGAAAAUGUAUGAAGGUGAAAGCCAAGGGAUUAAGGUGUUGUGGUCAUAAUCGGUAGACCAUGGUUUCAAUUUCCAGACCAAAUGAUGCAUUGGGUUCUUGACUAAAAGCACUUUAUUUAACAUCUCUUCUCACCUGUUAAUGGAUAACCCUCUGACAGCUGGGGGGGGGGGGUUAACUGUGUGACAAACCAGUGUCUCAUUCAGGAAGGACUAGUGUGAUCUAAGUCACUUAUGUAACUAUGGAAACCUGGUUCGUUUCUGGCUUUCAGAGUCCUGACUGAAGAUGCAUGUGUGUAGGGUGGGGGUGGCUAUAUAAUUCAGAACGAGAUUUCACUUUAUGUAACUUAACCAAAUUUAUAAAUUUUUAACGAUAUCUAAACUCUACAUCGACUUAACUUUUAAAUUACGUUAAUAUUUCAGUUGUUACUGUUUACAAAUGGAAAUAAAAUGCAGUGAUUUUUCUUAA